AAUACUCCACUAAUCUCCACGAAUAUGUCAAUCUGGGGAUCAAGCAUUGGAAGAAUAUGAAUCAGGUUUAAUAUUUAUUUUUCAUUGAUGGUAUAUGUAUUUAUCCACAUUAUAAGUCUUCAUUUACACAAAAGCUGUGUAACUUAGCUUAGUUAUGGCUAUGAUUUUCUUGGUCUGUUCUUUCUUAUUCUUGUUGCCUUUUUCUGGAUCAGUAUAUUUCAAGAUCGAUCGUUUCAGUGCUGAUAGAACAGAUAUUCUGUAUAGGGGAGAUGCCGUACCUUCUGUUGGAACCAUAGAGUUCAAUCUAGUCAAUUAUGUUACCCGUGUAGGUCAAGCCAUAUACUAUGAUACAGUCCCAAUUUGGGACCGCAAGUCCAGGAAGCUCACCGAUUUCACCACCCACUAUUCCUUCACCAUAGAUACACGAGGUCGGUCCGUAUACGGCCAUGGGCUCACUUUCUUUCUUGCCCCACCGAGCUUCCAAAUCCCACCCAACUCAGCCGGUGGCUUCUUAGGCCUGUUUAACACCACAUACACUGACUCACCCCGAAACCAAAUGAUUGUCGUCGAGUUUGACUCUUUCUCGAACCCUGAAUGGGAUCCCCCAUAUGAACAUGUGGGGAUCAACAACAAUUCAAUUCGUUCUGCUGUUUCCACUGCUUGGAAUGCUACUUUACACAGCGGUGACACUGCAGAUGCUUGGCUUUCUUACAACGCCACCACACAGCUUUUGAACUUGCGGUGGAGCUACGGGGCUGGAAAUGAUUCUCGAGGGAAUGAGAAUACCAGUCUUUCAUAUCAAGUUGACCUCAGGGAAGUUCUUCCUGAGCGGGUAAUGGUCGGGUUUUCAGCUGCCACCGGUGCUAAUGUAGAACGACAUGUCCUUCAUUCCUGGGAAUUCAAUUCAACUUUGAAUAUUAAACCAAAAGGUGAAGAUAAUUCAAAGGAAUUGAAACUGGCAGUGGGAAUAGCAGUCCCUCUUGGAGUUCUAGUUCUUGUAGCUAUGACAACAUGCGGUGUUGUAUAUUUGAGAAAACAAAGAAAUCCUUCAGAGAAUUCUGAAGAGAAACCGGUAGAAGCAGUCGCCUUCACAUCGAUAAAUGAUGACCUGGAACGAGGAGCGGGCCCGAGAAGGUUUUCUUACAGCGAUCUCAUUUUAGCAACCAACAAUUUCUCGAAUGACAGAAAACUAGGCCAGGGUGGAUUCGGGUGCGUCUACAAGGGCUACUUAUCACGUGAAAACAUGGCGGUUGCUGUGAAGAAAAUUUCACAGGGUUCUAGACAGGGGAAGAAAGAAUACAUAACGGAAGUGAAGGUUAUUAGCAGUUUACGGCAUCGAAACUUGGUGCGUCUCAUCGGUUGGUGCCAUGAUCAGACUCAGUUCCUGCUUGUUUACGAGUUUAUGCCAAAUGGCAGCCUCGAUUCUCACCUCUUCGGUCAGAAGACUCCUCUUGAGUGGUCUGUGAGGUAUAAGAUUGCUACGGGUUUAGCUUCUGCGUUGUUGUAUCUUCACGAAGAAUGGGAACAAUGUGUGGUGCAUCGUGAUAUUAAAACGAGCAACAUUAUGCUUGAUUCGGGGUUCAACGUGAAGCUUGGAGAUUUUGGGUUGGCUCGGCUCAUGGACCAUGAGUUGGGUCCACAAACAACCGGUUUAGCCGGAACCAUGGGUUACUUGGCUCCUGAGUAUGUAACGACUGGAAAGGCUAGCAAAGAGUCAGACGUGUAUAGCUUCGGAGUGGUGGCAAUAGAGAUUGCUUCUGGGCGAAAGGCGAUGGAUAAUGUUGACCCAGAUUCUGAUCUUGGGUUGGUGCAGUGGGUUUGGAGUUUGCUCGGGAAAGGGGAGCUGCUUUCGGGUGUGGACCCGAGGCUGAACGAGUCCUUUGACUCGAAAGAAGUGGAGUGUUUGAUGAUGGUGGGGUUAUGGUGUGCACACCCUGACCGGAGUCUAAGGCCGUCAAUCCGGCAAGCACUUCAGGUGCUGAAGUUUGAGGGUGCAGUCCCAAAUCUUCCAAUGAAGAUGCCGGUGCCAAUGUACUGUGCAGAACCAGAUGCUCCUUAUGUUAGUUCCAGUUCUGGAGGAGGUUCGAUAACUUACACUAGCGUUAGUCUUGUCCGUUAAAUCAUGAUAAUAUUAAUAGUUAUCUUUGUUUGACAAGUGUUUGUUUUGUGUGUGGCUUUAAUCCCAGAAGCAAUCUCUAUUCACAUAGGUCACUUUUGAUGGAUUUGCAAAAUGUACUUUUUAAACAUUCAGGA